UAAUCCAAUCAAAUUCCGAUCGUUUCAAGAAAAACGAAAUUAACAGAACACACACAAAACAACUCUCUCUCCCCCCUCCUGCUCGCCACUCUCUCUCUCUCAUUUCUGCUAAUAAGCUAACAAUGCAACAGGGUGAUUAUUACAGCUCCGUUUCUUACUACUACCCUCAAAAUCCAAAUCCAAAUCCAAUCGAUCAACACAACCAUCCGAACCCUUCGUCGGCGACUACGUACGCCUCUGCACCGCCUUUCACCACCAAUUACUCUCCGUCCGAUUACUCUGCUUAUCCCUCUGCAAUUACAUAUCCUCCCAACACUCCUUAUCCUCAAAACCCCGAUCUUCCUCUUCCUCCCUCUCCGACUGCUCCUUCAUACGCCCCAACAAACCCUACUUUGCAAUCUCUCAAUCCAUCUAUCUCUGCGCCUUCUUCUUCCUAUGAUCCGCAGGGGCCUUACCAGCCACCACCACCACCACCACCACCACACCAACAACACUCUUCGUAUUAUCCACCCUACGAUCCGCAACAGACUGCCCCCAAUUACUCUUCAAUUCCUACAAACCCUAACCCUAGCCCUACCACCAACUUGAAUCCACCGUGUUCUGCGGUGUACCCUUCCCCUUACGGUCAUAUAGGCUCUUCGGUUCCACCGGUGCGUGCGAAUUCAUAUGAGAGUAAUGUCAAAUUGGAUCAGGGUUGGGGUUAUUUUGAUGAAUCUUCGGGUGGGUAUGCGGGCUAUGGUCGAAGCAGCAGGUCCGAUGUGGGAUCAGAUUUAUACGGAAAGCGAUCAGAUAGUGGGACUUCUCGGUUUGAUUCAAGUGCAUAUCGCGAUGAUGGGUUUGGUUACAGUGACGGCGUGUAUGCCUAUCAAGGGAGUAAGGUGGAGCCCUAUGGUGCUCGGGGCACUGAACCCAAGUCGUCGACGUGGUCAGGGUUUGAUGAUUUUGGAAGGCCCAUAAGUUUCCCUCCUCGAAAAGAUCAAACGGGUUCCUCUCCUAUCGUGAGGGCAAUUCCAAAGGCUGAUACCCAACAAGACGUGAAGGGUGGGGUGCAGAAGUAUAGAGUUAAGCUGUUGCCAGAUGGUGGAAGCCAGGGCACCACGGAUGUGCUUUGCCAGAUUGGUUUGGACGGGAUUCGUAUGCUUGAUCCCAGUACCAGUCGGACAUUAAGAAUAUAUCCACUUGAGACGCUAACAAGAUGUGAAGUGACUGAUUCUUCCACCUUCACGUUUUGGUCCAAAAGUUCUGUUGACAUUGAACCAAGACGUAUAAGACUCCAGUCAAAUAGUUAUACAACCAACACCAUUCUGGACAUAGUGACAGCUGCAACUGUACAGCUUAAGGAGAUGGGCGGAAGAAGCAAACCUUCUGAUUCCUUAAAGACAACAGAACAACCUACAGAGAAGAAAAAGGGUAUUGCAGAUUGGAUGAACUUGAUGAAGCCUGGAAAUGAGGAGAAAGAUCAUUGGGUUCCUGAUGAAGCGGUUACCAAAUGCACAGCUUGUGCAACAGACUUUAGCGCUUUUGUGCGUAAGCAUCAUUGCAGGAAUUGUGGAGAUAUUUUCUGUGACAAGUGUACCCAUGGUAGAAUUGCGCUUACAGCUGAUGAGAAUGCUCAGCCAGUUCGUGUUUGUGAUCGAUGCAUGGCAGAAGUUACUCAGAGGUUGAGUAAUGCUAAGGAAUCGGCCAGCAAAUCAGCUAUAUUGCAAACUCACGAGGAUCUUGCCAAGAAGCUUCAGGAGGAGAUGGAAAAAAAUCGGAAGGCAUCAUCAGACUCCAAGUCAGAUGGAUCUGGUAGGCGGAUGAAAGAAGUUGCCUGUCCUAUUUGCACGGUUCAUUUGCAGGUUCAAGUUCCCAGCUCUGGUUCUGAGACCAUAGAGUGUGGGGUUUGCCAACAUCCAUUCCUUGUAAGUGCCCACUGAUGCACACAGACUAUAAUGAUCGUUGAAGUCACCUUGUGUUCUCUUUUAAAACCUUGAUAUUCAAAUUAUGCACCGUGUGAGCGCUUUUUUAAUAAUAAUUUGGGUAUGUGAUUUUCCCUGGUUGGUGUUAUUCACUUAUGUUGACCCUAUCCCUAUGUCAGCUGAUUUUUCAUUCUUUUACUGGCAUAUUUGUACAUGAAAGUUGUGUUCUGUUUGAAGUGCUGUGUUGGGUGAAAAAACUGUAUAAAUAUGAUUAGUUCAUUUAUUAUUUACAUAAUGGUGUGCAAGUUAUUUUUCUGGAA